UGACGCGAGCCAGCUUCCGGCCCCUGGGAAACCCCGUUAUAUCCGGGUCCCCGCGUAGGCCUUCCUUCUUUUCCACGCUAGCGAGUCCACGCUAAAGAUGCCUCUGGCAAAAGAUUUGUUGCAUCCAUCUCCCGAGGAGGAGAAGAGGAAACACAAGAAGAAGCGUCUGGUGCAAAGUCCCAACUCCUACUUCAUGGAUGUCAAGUGCCCUGGUUGCUACAAAAUCACUACUGUGUUCAGCCAUGCACAGACAGUAGUGCUGUGUGUUGGAUGCUCCACCGUACUCUGCCAGCCCACCGGAGGAAAGGCCAGGUUAACAGAAGGCUGUUCCUUCAGAAGAAAGCAGCACUAAAAAUGAAAGUUGGCAUUUGAGGAUGGGUGAGACCUCACACAGCCGGGCUCCUGGAGUCUGGCUGAGGGACACUGAUUCACUUCCUUGGGAUCUGGAUGGCAGCAUGGGAGAGAUAGAACUGGGGGAAAGAGGGAGGGUGUCAGUGACCUGAAGCCUUGCUCAUCUGCUGGAUGAGCUUUUGUUUUUUGUUUAUUGUUUUUGGACCCUUUUGCUGGUAUUGAGUUAUUUGUUAGAACUGUCAAAUAAAAUGACAUUACAUAUUGA